UCGCAGAGUUCAUGUAAAUUCUUUUAACUCAUAAAUAAUCAGGUGUAUCUAAAUGUGUUUAGACUGAACUUGUGUAACUGAAUCCGAUUUAAAACGGGUCGUUAGUGUUCGGCUUUCAUUUGCAAGUUAGUUUGCUUUGCAUUACUGAUGCAAGCGGCUAAUUAGACGCUAAUUUGCUGUCUUUACAGUGUAGAAAAUACUGGACGAACUUACAGGAUGAAACUGGAAAAGGAAGGACAUGAGAAGAGCAGUAAAAAACACGAUAGAAGAGAGAAGAAGUCCAAGCAUUCCUCUAAAGACAGAGGAAAGGACUCGGAGUUGAACGGCAAACACAAACCCUCCUCGAAGAAGAAACAGUCCGACUCUGGAGAAUGUCAGCAGGAGUCUGGAGUCACCAGAAGCGAGGUGAAAUGUGAAGCAGGAGAUGCUGACAUGGAUGUGGAUGCCACAGCAGAUCCUGAUGAAAGAACUCAACAUGAUGAUGGACAGGAGAAAUCAAGCCCACCAGAAAACAACAACAACAAACAGAAGACUCGAUCAAAGAGCAGCAAGGAGCGUCUCAAUCAUGCAGAGAAGAAAGAGCAGACUGCAGAUCUGAACCUCUGUAAUGUGGACGAAAACCUCAAAAACGAGAGCAAUAAAGACUCAAAUCAGCAGGAGACGGACGUGAAGCAGGAGACGGACGGCCCGCCGGUCACUUCACCUGCCAAGAUAAAGAAGAAGAGAGUCAAAGAUGAAAAGAGUGACGCGCAAGAUAAAAAUCAACAGUCUGGGAAGAAAAGAAAAAAGCAAAGUUCUGAACAUGACAAACCAGAGAAGAAUAAAAAGAUCAAGAAGGACGGGGAUGACGAAGGCGAAGAGGAGCAGAAGAAAAAAGAAAAGGUGAAGAAAGAGGACAAGAAAGAUGAGUCUGAUAAGUGGAAGUGGUGGGAAGAAGGCAAAUCCUCGGACAGUCAGAAAUGGAGCCAUCUCGAGCACAAAGGACCGUAUUUCCCUCCGGAAUAUGAGCCGCUGCCUGAUAACGUGCCCUUUUAUUACGAUGGUCAGCCGGUGAAAUUGAGUCCAGCGACGGAAGAAAUCGCCACUUUCUACGCCAAGAUGCUGGACCACGAAUACACCAGUAAAGAGGUGUUUCAGAACAACUUCUUCAGUGACUGGAGGGAGGAAAUGACUGAAGAAGAGAAGGAGCUGAUAGAGACGCUCUCCAAGUGUGACUUCAGCCAUAUGCAGAAGUAUUUCCUGGAGAAGACGGAGGAGCGUAAGAACAUGACGAAAGAGGAGAAGCAGGUCCUGAAAGAGGAAGCCAACCGGCUGAUUGAGGAGUACGGCUACUGUCUGCUGGACGGACACCGUGAGAAAAUCGGGAACUUCAAGCUGGAGCCGCCGGGUCUGUUCCGCGGGCGAGGAGAACAUCCGAAGAUGGGCAAACUGAAGAAGCGCAUCCAGCCGGAGGACGUCACCAUCAACUGCAGCCAAGACUCUAGGAUCCCAGAAGCCCCUGCAGGCCACAAGUGGAAGCGCGUCCAGCACGAUAACACGGUCACAUGGCUGGCGUCGUGGCUGGAGAACAUUCAUGGACGACCCAAAUACAUCAUGCUGAACCCCAGCUCCAAACUCAAGGGCGAGAAGGACUGGCAGAAGUACGAGACGGCGCGUCAGCUGAAGGUGUGUGUGGACGCCAUCAGGAAGCAGUACAGACGCGACUGGACGUCCAGAGAGAUGAAGAGCAGACAGAGAGGAGUUGCCAUCUACUUCAUUGAUAAGCUGGCCCUGCGAGCGGGGAAUGAGAAGGACGACGAGUCUGCGGAUACGGUGGGCUGCUGUUCUCUGCGUGUGGAGCACAUCACGCUUCACCGGCGUCUGGACGGACUGGAGUACGUGGUGGAGUUUGACUUCCUGGGAAAAGACUCCAUCCGCUACUACAACAAAGUGCCGGUGGAGAAACAGGUUUUCAAGAGCCUGAAGCUGUUCAUAAAGCACAAGGAUCCAGAAGAUGAUUUAUUUGACCGAAUUACAACGAUCAACCUCAACAAAACCCUGACCGAGUCCAUGCCUGGACUGACGGCCAAAGUGUUUCGAACCUUCAACGCCUCGACCACACUGCAGGAUCAGCUCAAUAAACUGACCACAGAUGACAUGACGGUGGAGGAGAAGAUCCUGUCGUAUAACCGAGCGAACAGAGCUGUGGCGAUCCUCUGUAACCACCAGAGGGCAGCACCCAAAACCUUUGAGAAAUCAAUGCAGCUGCUGCAGGAGAAGAUCCAAAAGAAAAAGGAACAAAUUGAAGACGCCAAAAAAGAGCUGAAAGAAGCGAAGAAAGCACAUAAAGACGAUGCGUCUGACAAAUCCAAGAAGCUGGUGGAGAAGAAGGAGAAGCUGGUCCAGAGACUGUGUGAACAGUUAAAGAAGCUGCAGCUGCAGGAAACGGAUCGUGAGGAGAAUAAGGUCAUCGCUCUGGGCACGUCCAAACUCAACUACCUGGACCCGCGCAUCACUGUGGCCUGGUGUAAGAAACACAACGUCCCCAUUGAAAAGAUCUACAACAAAACCCAGAGGGACAAAUUCACCUGGGCCAUUCACAUGGCCGACGAGAACUUCCAGUUCUGAAGAUCUCUCUGCUUUUUGUGUUCAUGAUUUUUGUAUGAUUAUUUGUAGUGUUUUGUUUUGAAUUUAUCUGUUGUGUAAUAUAAUAAUGUCUCUAAUAAAACAUCAGGUACGAUCA